UUAUCCAUUAUGUCCCCUCAUUUGUUUCAUCCGCUGCGUUCUCAGCGCUGGCCCGGAACUGCUAACAAAGCUUCCAAAAACACAGUGGGCAGGAUAUCCUAAGAACUUUGAGCGUAGAAAAGUCCUCUCAAUUGAUUUUGUGAGUACGUAUCAUCCCUGAAUUUUCACAGAUAGCCUUAUGGACACCAAGAACUAUGCAUUGGACUUGACGGUCCUUGGGCUAAAUAGUGGCACGUCCAUGGAUGGAAUCGACUGCGCUUUAUGCCACUUCUACCAGGAAGCCCCCAGCUCGGCUAUGCAUUUUGAACUGUUGAAAUACGGAGAAAUUCCGCUCGAGCCCACAGUGAAGAAGCGGGUGAUGGACAUCAUCCUCUAUAAUAAGACAUCCCCGUCAGAAUUAUCUGAAGUGAAUGUAAUCCUAGGCGAGACUUUCGCAGCAGCCGUCACACAAUUCUGCCAAAGUAAAAAUGUUGAUACGUCUACAAUUGACAUUGUGGGAUCCCACGGCCAGACAAUCUGGCUUCUGUCCAUGCCAGAAGAAGGCGAGACCAGAAGCGCCCUUACUAUGGCAGAAGGUUCAUUCCUCGCUGCUCGCACUGGUAUCACCGCCGUCACCGAUUUCCGAGUCAGCGACCAGGCAGCAGGCCGUCAAGGCGCUCCGCUGAUUGCAUGAAAGAACUAUCGGAAUGUUCUCCGAAAGGGCAUGCUUUUCGGACAGGGACGAGAUCAUUUACCGCCGGUCAAAGAGUUGAUUAAUUACGUGGAUGGGAAGGUCUUUGAUAACAAAUGGUGAAGCAGCGCCAACCAUGAGGUCGUCUGAUGAGUUUA